AUUACGGGGUGAGUUGCUUCUUGUCUCCUUGCCUCCGUCUGCUCGGGGCUGUGGAGUGAGAAGUCAGAGUGCUCUGGACGCUCACGUGCCGCGUGCAACGCACGCUCGUGCAAUAUUCCGGGGCUUGCAGACUCUUCCCGUGCAAUAUUCCGGGGCUUGCAGAGUCUUCCCGUGCAAUAUUCCAGAGAUUGCACAGUCUUCCCGUGCAAUAUUCCGGGGCUUGCAGCGCCUGCUCGUGCAGGGUCCUGGCAGAGGCGCCUGCGGGAAAGCUGCAGCCGGGCAGGGCGCGGCCUCAGUGCACAGCCCCGCCCCGCUUCCGGCCUGAUGUAGGUGCCAGCGGGAUUUCUGGACCCAUGUUUGCUGCCACUUUAGCAAGGAAGAGAGUAUAGCGCUCCGAAAAAGGAGCGUGGGGAUGCCCUCGGUGAUAGUCAGGGCAGAGUUAAAGUUAGGUGCUCAGAUUGGUGGGCACCGAGGCAUUAAGAAGGAUGCAACUCCAGCGGGGCGCGUGGUGGCACACGCCUUUAAUCCCAGCACUCAGGAGGCAGAGUUUCACUUCCCAGAAGUUUGCCUUUUCCCAGAAGGAAGAAGGGAAUAAUGACCAAGUUCCAGGAUGCGGUGACAUUCAGGGACGUGGCUGUGGUCUUCAGCCAGGAGGAGCUGGGGCUGCUGGACUCUGUCCAGAGGAAGCUGCACCGAGACGUGAUGCUGGAGAACUUCAGGAACCUUCUGUCAGUGGGACAUCAGUCUUUUCAACCGGAUGGGAUAUCCCAGUUGGAAGGCGAGGAGGAGCUGUGGAUGAAGGAGACCCCCACGCACACAGGAGGCCAGCGUCAAAACCAGAUGGAGUCUCUUCAUGCGAUGGGGUUAACGUGCCUUCCACUGGGAGAGCUUUCACUGUGGCAGAUCGAAAGCCAUGUCGCAAACGAGCCAGCCAGAAGUCCAAACUCCACAGCCACUCUUCAAGGAAAGCGUCCCCGGCUCCCUAAGCAAGGCGGUUCCUUGUGCUGCGCGCCCGAAGCAGCUCCUUUAGCACCUGUGCACCCGAGUCUCGUAGGAAGGUGCUCCAGUAUCGAUGAAAACGAGGACUACCCAACCGGGCCAGCUCAAGGCUUUUGGGGUAGGAUGCACGUCAGUGAGACACAGAGCCAUCAGCCACAGACCCAGGAAGAAAGCGAGCUGCGCCCCUUUGCCCCGCACGUUGGCACUUCGAAUGGCAUCCCUCACCAGGAUGAUAAUACGCCAACUGGAGGCGGUGACCGUGGCAAGGGUGUCGCCCAGCUGUCACCUCCUCCCCAGCAGCGUAUGUACACAAAAGGGUCGCGUCGUGCACACAACCCGGGGGACACUGAGGAUACCGGGUCUCGCUCCAGUGUCCCCGAGCCGCCGAGCCGUCGCCCGGGCCAGAAGCGUUACUGGUGUCACGAGUGCGGCAAGGGUUUCAGCCAGAGCUCGAACCUGCAGACCCACCGGAGGGUGCACACGGGGGAGAAGCCGUACACCUGCCCCGAGUGCGGUAAGAGCUUCAACCAGAGCUCACACCUGUACGCUCACCUGCCCGUGCACACGGGCGAGAAGCCGUUCCGCUGCGACAGCUGCGGCAAGGGCUUCGGCCGCAGCACCGACCUGAACAUCCACCGGCGCGUGCACACGGGCGAGAAGCCGUACACGUGCGGGGCGUGUGGGAGGGGCUUCGCCCAGAGGUCGCACCUGCAGGCCCACGAGAGGGUGCACACGGGCGAGAGGCCGUACCGGUGCGGAGAGUGCGGCAAGCGCUUCAGCUGCAGCUCCAACCUGCACACGCACCGGCGCGUGCACACGGGCGAGAGGCCGUACCGGUGCGGAGAGUGCGGCCGCCGCUUCAGCCUCAGCUUCAACCUGCACAGCCACCGGCGCGUGCACACGGGCGAGAAGCCCUUCCGCUGCGAGGAGUGCGGCAAGCGCUUCAGCUCGGCCUCGAGCUUCCAGAGCCACCGGCGCGUGCACACGGGCGAGAAGCCGUUCGGCUGCGCCGCGUGCGGCAAGCGCUUCAGCCAGAGCUCGUACUUCCAGGCCCACCAGCGCGUGCACACGGGCGAGAAGCCGUACCGCUGCGACGUGUGCGGCAAGCGCUUCAACUGGAGCCUCAACCUGCACAGCCACCGGCGCGUGCACACGGGCGAGAGGCCGUACCCGUGCGCCGUGUGCGGCAAGCGCUUCAGCCAGGCCUCGAACCUGCAGGCGCACCGCAGCGUGCACAGCGGCGAGAAGCCGUUCCGCUGUGCCGCGUGCCACAAGCGCUUCAGCCAGGCUUCGCACCUGCAGGCGCACCAGCGCGUGCACACGGGCGAGAAGCCGUUCCCGUGCGACACGUGCGGCAAGGCCUUCAGCCAGCGGUCCAACCUGCAGGUGCACCGCGUCAUCCACACCGGGCAGAAGCCGUUCAAGUGCGGGGAGUGCGGCAAGGCGUUCAGCUGGAGCGCGGGCCUCAGCGCCCACCAGCGCGUGCACACCGGGGAGAAGCCGUACGCGUGCCCGCAGUGCGGGAAGGGCUUCAGUCAGGCCUCGCACUUCCACACGCACCAGAGGGUGCACACGGGAGAGAGGCCCUACGUGUGCGAGGACUGCGGCAAGGGCUUCAGCCAGCGGUCGCACCUCGUCUACCACCGGAGGGUGCAUGCCGGAGGGGACCUGUAGGACGCGGCUCGGGAGUUGCCACCACCUCGAGGAACAGCUCACAUCGGAUCUUUGUCUCCUCGGAGAAUCCAUGCUUACAGGUUGUCCAAGUUCCCUCAAACAAACUGCAGAUGCAUGCACCCGCUUUGUGCCCGCCCCCCCGUCUUUAUGUGGUCGCUGAGGAACUGAACCCAGGCCAUCAGAAUUUGCAAAGCCAGGCGCCUCUAACCGCUGAGCGGUUUCUCCAACCUGGGAGAUGGGUUCUUUUUGUUUUUUUGUGUGGUUAUUUUGAUUUAUUUAUUUGAGAGCGAGAGAGAAAGAGGUAGAGAGAGAGGGAGAGAGAAUGGGCACGCCAGGGCCUCCAGCCACUGCAAACGAACUCCAGAC